UCAAUAAUGAAGCUACUGUUCCCAAAGCGUCUAGCUUCCAUUCUCACCAAACCGCUCCUCGAUUUAUCCAUUGCAAAGCUACUCCCUUCUCUCAAUUCUACUGCUUUCUUCUUAAUUUCUUCUACAAUUUUCCAAGAAUAGUAGGAUAUGGAGAGGAGGAACUAUGAUGAAGUCCUUGUAACAAGCUCUCUUCUUGUUGAUCAAGAAAAUGCUACGAACAACUACCAUUGUAUUGGCCCAGAUGGUGUUGACGGUGGUUCCUCCACAGUCACAGCUGUUGUUAUUAUCAGCACAGCGGUGGCGGUCUGCGGCUCCUUCAAUUCUGGGUGUGCUGCCACUUCCUGGAGAAGAUGGUCAAAAUGGUGUAAAAAUAUCUUACAAUUAUUAGAAGACCAAGCGGUUAAAGACAAAGCGAAAAAAAUCCUAUCUUUUUCGGCUGGAUAUUCAUCACCUGCUGAGUCUGGAAUCAUGGAAGAUCUAGGCCUCUCUGUGGCUGAGUAUUCAGUUUUUGGUUCAUUAUGGACAGUGGGAGGAAUAAUGGGUGCAUUGAUAAGUGGGAGGACAGCAGAUCUUAUUGGUCGGAGAGGUACAAUGUGGUUUGCAGAUAUCUUCUGCAUCAUGGGGUGGCUAUUCGUAGCAUUCGCCAAGGAUUUUUGGUGGCUCGACUUUGGAAGAUUAGCAACAGGAUUUGGGGUUGGGCUUAUUUCUUAUGUUGCAGCAGUUUAUAUUUCAGAAAUAGCACCCAAGAAUAUUCGGGGAGGAUUUACAUCAGCUAGUUCGUGGAUGAUGUGUUGUGGCUUUUCUCUGAUUUAUUUCAUUGGAACUGUUGUUUCCUGGCGCACCUCGGCUAUAAUUGGAGCUGUUCCAUGUGCAUUGCAGGCCAUAUGUUUAUUCUUUGUUCCAGAGUCCCCAAGAUGGCUGGCAAAGGUUGGUCGAGAGAAAGAGCUAGAAGCUGCUUUGUUGAGGCUAAGGGGAGAGAGAGCUGAUAUCGCUCUAGAAGCAGCAGACAUCAUGGAGUAUACAAAAACCUUUCAGCAGUUCCCAAAAGCUACAAUUCUAGACUUGUUCCAGAGGAGAUAUGCUCAUUCACUCAUUGUUGGAGUUGGCUUGAUGGUGCUGACACAAUUUUCAGGGAUCACUGCAAUCUCAAGCUUUAUGAGUUCCAUCUUGGAGUCAGCUGAUUUUUCAACUACUUUUGGGAGUAGAGCAAUCGCCAUUCUCCAGAUUCCUGUUACUGCUGUGAGUGUAGUCUUAAUAGACAAAUCAGGAAGACGGCCACUUCUAAUGGUUUCUGCAGCUGGAAUGGGGUUGAGUAGUUUGCUUAUAGGAUUUUCAUUCUUAUUGCAGGAUAUGAACCAGUUGAAGGAGGUCACCCCAAUAGUGGUGCUCAUAGGCCUAUUGAUUUAUUUAGCAACUUAUUCAUUGGGCAUGGCAGGAAUACCAUGGCUGAUCAUGGCAGAGAUAUAUCCCAUUAACAUAAAGGGUGCGGCAGGCAGCGUAGUGACUUUGUCCAACUGGUUCUUUUCUUGGGUUGUGACAUACACUUUUAACUACAUGUUUGAUUGGAGCUCCGCGGGAACAUUCUUCUUUUACUCUAUAAUAUGGGGUUCCACUGUUCUAUUCACUGCAAAGCUGGUACCAGAGACCAAGGGACGAAAGCUUGAAGAAAUACAAGCAUCAAUGACUCAUUUUCUCCGCUAAAAUAAACUUUUCAUGCUCUGUGGGAGUAAGUGGAACUUUUGUUGAUUGUGUCCUGACUUGAAGAAAUAGAGUAAAAGUUUACCUAUGCAAUUGAGUUACACCUUGUGAUUAAUAUUUUUGUUACAAAACUACUAAUAGGGAGGGUAAAUUGAUAGUCCACAAAAUUAUGUCCAA